GCACCGGCAGUCCGCGGGAAACCAAAAUGGCGAAGGGCUGUAGCGAAGUGGUCUGUGUUUGAGGCCGGUGUAAGAAGGCUCACUCUUCUCAACCCUCGUCCCCAGGACCUCGGUUUGUGCGUGUGCAUGUGCGGGGUGCCCGGUGGGGCGGGUGCCCAGUAAGUACUUGGACUCGCAGGGGAAGCGCCCAGGGGGACGUGAUUGGUUGUUUUUUCCUGUAUGAAGCGGUUGGCACCACUGAAGUGACCGAAUGAGAGACUCUACAGGGGCAGGUAAUUCACUGGUCCACAAGCGGUCUCCUUUACGUCGAAACCAAAAGACCCCAACAUCCUUGACCAAGCUGUCUUUACAGGAUGCACAUAAAGUCAAAAAGCCAGCAUGUAAAUUUGAAGAGGGUCAGGAUGUCCUAGCUAGAUGGUCAGAUGGCUUGUUUUAUCUUGGAACUAUCAAAAAGAUAAACAUAUUGAAACAGAGCUGCUUCAUCAUAUUUGAAGACAGUUCUAAAUCCUGGGUUCUCUGGAAGGACAUUCAAACAGGAGCCACUGGAAGUGGGGAAAUGGUCUGUACAAUAUGUCAAGAAGAGUAUUCAGAAGCUCCCAAUGAAAUGGUUAUAUGUGAUAAGUGUGGCCAAGGAUAUCAUCAGUUGUGUCACACACCUCAUAUUGAUUCCAGUGUGAUUGAUUCAGAUGAAAAAUGGCUCUGUCGACAGUGUGUUUUUGCAACAACAACAAAGAGGGGUGGUGCGCUUAAGAAAGGACCAAAUGCCAAAGCAUUGCAAGUCAUGAAGCAGACAUUACCCUACAGUGUGGCAGAUCUUGAAUGGGAUGCAGGUCAUAAGACCAAUGUCCAACAAUGUUAUUGCUACUGUGGAGGCCCUGGAGACUGGUAUUUAAAGAUGCUACAAUGCUGCAAAUGUAAGCAGUGGUUUCAUGAGGCUUGUGUGCAAUGCCUUCAAAAGCCAAUGCUAUUUGGAGACAGGUUUUAUACGUUUAUUUGCUCUGUCUGCAGUUCUGGACCAGAAUACCUCAAACGUCUACCAUUACAGUGGGUAGAUAUAGCACACCUAUGCCUUUACAACCUAAGUGUUAUUCACAAGAAGAAAUACUUUGAUUCUGAACUUGAGCUCAUGACAUAUAUUAAUGAAAACUGGGAUAGAUUGCAUCCUGGAGAGCUGGCAGACACACCAAAAUCUGAAAGAUAUGAGCAUGUUCUGGAGGCAUUAAAUGAUUACAAGACCAUGUUUAUGUCUGGGAAAGAAAUAAAGAAGAAGAAGCAUUUGUUUGGGUUGCGAAUUCGUGUUCCUCCUGUGCCACCAAAUGUGGCUUUCAAAGCAGAGAAAGAACCUGAAGGAACAUCCCAUGAAUUUAAAAUUAAAGGCAGAAAGGCAUCCAAACCUAUAUCUGAUUCAAGGGAAGUAAGCAAUGGCAUAGAAAAAAAAGGAAAGAAAAAAUCAGUAGGUCGUCCACCUGGCCCAUAUACAAGAAAAAUGAUUCAGAAAACUGCUGAGCCACCUUUGGAUAAGGAAUCAAUUUCAGAGAAUCCUACCUUGGAUUUACCUUGUUCUAUAGGGAGAACUGAGGGAACUGCACAUUCAUCCAAUACCUCAGAUGUGGAUUUCACGGGUGCUUCCAGUACAAAAGAAACUACCUCGUCUAGCAUUUCCAGGCAUUAUGGAUUAUCUGACUCCAGAAAAAGAACUCGUACAGGAAGAUCUUGGCCUGCUGCAAUACCACAUUUACGGAGAAGAAGGGGUCGUCUUCCAAGAAGAGCACUCCAGACUCAGAACUCAGAAAUUGUAAAAGAUGAUGAAGGCAAAGAAGAUUACCAAUUUGAUGAACUCAACACAGAGAUUUUGAAUAACUUAGCAGAUCAGGAGUUGCAACUCAAUCAUCUAAAAAACUCCAUUACCAGUUAUUUUGGUGCUGCAGGUAGAAUAGCAUGUGGUGAAAAAUACCGAGUACUGGCUCGUCGGGUGACACUUGAUGGAAAGGUGCAGUAUCUUGUGGAAUGGGAAGGAGCAACUGCAUCCUGACUGUAGGACUGAACAUUAUGUUCACUGCACUCUCAUUCUCUGUAGGUACAGUUCAAAGUCCUAAAGGAGUCUGGCUUUUACUAUCUUUCUUAAAAAAAAAAAAAAAAAAGUCAAAAAAAUUCACAAAAGGAGAUGAUACUAGCCUUAACAUGUACCUGUCAAUGUUAUGGAUAUUGUCAUAAAAAAGAUAUCUUUUAAAAAUCAGAACAGAGACUUAAUUUUUUAAAUCUUAAGAUUUGUAGAAUGUUUCUAGGAUAGGAUAUUAAAAAUGAUUCAAAUCCAUGCAUGGUGUUAGAUAAUUUUUCUAAUUAUUCCAUUGAGUCAGUUUUUGUGAUUAGUGGUUAUCAGAUCAAACAGAUCAUGUAGAUAGAUAGCACAAGUAUAUGGAGAAACGUUGUCUGUUUUGUUACCAAAAUGUUGGAAAAAAUUUAUUUCAAUACCUUUCAGAUUUCAUAAAGUGCAGUGUAUAUAAUGCCUACUAAAAGACUGUAAAAUAUUGAAAUUUUCUUUCACGCAAAGUGUAAAAAAUAUAUUGAGCCUGUAAAUUGCUCUGUGACUAGACUUCAUUGUCGUCUUAAUAUAUUCUUUGCAUGUGCAUAUAUGUACACGUGUGUGUAUAUAUAUGUGUGUGAUUAUGUGACCUAUGCAAUACAAAUUAUGGGAAUGGGCAGCUUUGGAGUAUAUAUCCCAUAAUUCUUUUUUCAGGAAUAGUUGCAGUAUUUACACAGCAGCAUUUCUUCUCAGGCUUUUAUUGGGUGCUGUUGCUUGCUAUGUAUGAAGAGAAAUGUGUCAAACAAGUUUAAAGUUUAGUGUGUUCUGAAGAAGGGUGUGAACAACAGUGUUCAUGGGCUUUUAGAAUGCUUUUCACUUUCAGUCCUUGUAACUCAGCUGUUCAGUACCUAAAACCAAUUCAAAUAAUAUGAACAUUAUCUCCUACUAGAAGUAACAUUUUCAAGUUUUCAUGGCACAUUAUGAUUGUAAAUGUCUCUCAGUUUUAACAGUAAGUCUAUAGGAGUCCCGUGAAGAUUCCUGAAAUGUCUGUAGUAACUGUUAGUCAUGUUGAAUAAGUGUAGUAUGAACAAAGUAUUUUAUUGCACAGGGUUAACAAACAGUAUGUUGCCUGACAAGGCUACUGCUGUUUUAUUACAACAUUACCUCUUGUUUUUAUAAAAUGUACCAAGAUUUAAAUUGAUAACUUUAUUUUACAUGUAAAAAAACAGUUUCUUUUAUCACCAGUGUUAGAGUUGUCUUCUGUUUCUUUUUGUUUUGUUUUGUUUGUUUGUUUUCUUUUUUAGCCAAAGAGUAAACAGAAGAAUAUUCUUAUUUUGGUGGCUGUUCAUUUUACUCUUAAAAGUGAUUGGUGGAUUUUAGCCUAAAAAUUGGGGAAUUUGCCGCCAAAAUGAAAAAUAUGUAAAGUGUAGUGGUUACAGAGCGGUAAAAAUGUGGGUUAGUACUUAUUUAUUCCAUUGAUUGAUUAUUUGACUGUUUAUAAAGAAAGUUGCUUUAUUUCUUUAAACAUCUUCAAAAGAUGACCUUUUCUUGUCACAUUAUAGCCAAAAGAAGCAGAGAACUUCGUUGUCCUGCAUUUGGUUCCUGGUUGGCCAGGUAUAAAUGAGCUUUACAAAAGUGCAAAUUAAAAACUGUCACUUCUGUUUACCUCCACCAAAACUUGAUUUUCCCCUAGCUAUUAAUUUAAAGUUGCCUUUCCUGCAGCUGCAAUAUUUUGAAUAACACACAGAGUUUGUGUUGAUUUUGAAUGUUUGUUUAUAUCUAGGGGUAAUGGAAAAUGUAAAUCCCGUGUAACCUUAUUCACUCCACCUGUAUCAUAUUAUUUCAUUUUCCCCAAAGUCCUUUAAUUCUAACUGAACACCAGCAGUAUUUUUAGUAACUCUUUCUUUAGUAUACAUGGAAGAUGAUUUAUUAAGCUGAACUGUCUUUAGACGUAAUUAUUGUGAAUGUCUGUUUUAUUUUAUCAUGGUGGUUCACAUGGCUCUGAUGUUCAGUUUGUAUUUUUGGAAUUGCUUUACUUAGAAUUAAAACAGACCAACAUUAAAUGUGUGUAUUUUUUAAAGAGCUAAUGAGUUUUGCUUCUGUAUUUGCUUGAAAAUACACACUGAUGCAGUAGAUGACUGCUUUUAUUUAGCCAGGGAGCUAAGGAUUGUUCCACUUCCACUGUAAAUAUGUUCACUUGAAUUAAUCUUUAUGAAAGUUGGCUUUCAUUUUCCUCUUGUCCCUCAAAUAAUAAUUAUUGCAUGUUCAUCUAAAAGGAUCCUUUAAAAAAUAAACUGUUUAGCCAGCUCGUAUACUUCCUACUUGAAAGACAAUAUAUCUCCCUCUAUCUGCCUUGCCCUUAAAAUUCAAGAAAAUUCAGACUUUUCAACUAUGUUUUCCCCCCUUAUAUAGAAGGUGUUAAGGUUCACAUCAAAGGAUUCUUCUUUUUCCUAAAAAGCUUUGCUCCUAGGCUAUAGCGAUAAAAGAUAUAAAUACAGUAUGCCUUACUCAUUUUAAUUACAUUUUUAUUCAAAACAAAUACAUUUUUAUAAAUACUCUGAUAAUAAAUGAUAAGUAUGGAUUUUAAUAUGAUCUAACUAGAUCAGAAUAUGAGCUUAUCAGAGUUAUUCUAUAAAUUCUAAUGUAGUCAGAUGUUUCUAGUCAUAUUUUGUUACUAAAUGUUUAACAAGUGAAUGUUAACUGAUGUGUGAGUUGAGGGUCUCUCUUAUAUUUUGCAAGUUAUGUCCAACUGUACAUGUUUAGUUUCUAUUAUGUAUAUAUUCAGAAGAUUUCUGUUCUCAGUGUUGGGUGGGGGUAGAACUAAUUCUUUUGGGCCAUUAGGUUUUGGUUGGAGCAUGAUCUGACUUGCAUAGUUAUAGCAGACUGUUGCAUAAUGUUCUAGAGUUGUUUGAGUGAGGAUGUGAUGGCAAAGCAAGAUGUCCAUGCAGCUUUGGGAAAUAGUUUAAAAAUGCCCUUUAAUGUGGGGAAGAUUUCCUGUUUAAAUUAUAUUUGAGUACUUCUGUGAAUAUACACUCCCAAAAGUCUCCUUUGGUUUUUUCUGUGGUAGUUGAUCAGUCAUCUUCUUUCCUCAAGAAAAUAAAAACUUGACAGUAAAAUGUAAA